AUGGCUCCAACUCUGCUGGACAUGGCUCAGAUUUUCGGGUUCAGGCCCCAUGGAAGACCUGUUGAUGCUGUUGGUGAUUAUCACAGGAAGAAGAACCAGCAUAAGCUAGCCAAGCCAUUCAUCAUCUCUCCAGCCCUGAUCAACCAGAACUGCUCCUUCUCCAAUUAUCUCAGGAAAUUCAGUGUUGAGAAGGACAAGGACCAGCAGCACAUGCUGUUCCUUCUGUAUUGGCUGAACAGGUUCAUUCUGCCCAACCGUUCCUCUGCAGUUCUGCUUGAGUACAGACACCUGGUAGACGCUUUGCACAAUCAUACUGAUGUUGGACUCGGGCCUUCGGUUAUGGCUCAUCUUUUCAAGAACCUGCAUACUGCCACCCUGGAGAAUCCGCUGAAUUUGUCUGCUCCUGAAUUGAGGUUCCCAGACAUAGUUCUGCCUGAAGACCAAGUUCUGGCUCAGCCUUUGAUGUUAGUAGAAGUGCCCAAGCGUUCCAUUGAAGAGUACCUGAUGUUCUUCAAGCACUGCACGAAGAGAUCAGCAGCUCAGUGGCAAGUGGUGAUCAGGAGAACCUAUCCUUGGUUCCAGCCUGGAUACCGUUUGUUUGAGAAGGAGCCGGAAGAAGAAGCAGCCAGAAUCGAUUUCAAGAAGAAGUUCCUGAGUGUGACCCUUCCAAGAGACCUGCCCCAUGGAGGUGGGAAGCCUCCCAAUUAUCAUAUAGGGGCAGAAGUGUAUCACCCCAACUUUUGUGCAAGGCAGCUUGGCUGUCCACAGCUUAUUCCACUCAAAUCUUAUAGGAGCUGCAAUCGGGCUUCUUCUUGGAGGGACUUGGAUGACCUGGAGGUGCGCAAGGAUGCCAGGUGUGCGGUAAACAAGAUCAACAACAAUGCAGAUGCCCUCUAUCCAUCCUAG